UACACUUUCUUACUUGUGGUUAGUUGGAUAGCAUCCAGGAAAAUGUCGCAGUACUCUGGAAAGAUCACCUUUUACGAGGGCAAAUGCUUCACAGGCAGGAAGCUGGAGGUCAGAGGGGAGUGUGACAACUUCCAGGACCGUGGUUUCAUGAACAGGGUCAACUCCAUCCGUGUGGAGAGUGGAGCCUUCAUCUGCUUUGACCACCCUGACUUCAGGGGCCAGCAGUACAUCCUGGAGCAUGGAGAGUACCCCGAGUUCCAGCGCUGGAACUCCCACAACGACCACAUGGGCUCCUGCAAGCCUAUCAGGAUGCAUGGAGAGCACUACAGGAUGGAGCUGUUCGAGGCCUGUAACUACUCUGGCCAGUGUGUAGAGAUCUGUGACGACUGUCCCUUCCUCCAGAGUCGUGGUUUCUCCAAGAACUGCAUCAACUCUAUCAGGGUCUACGGAGAUGGAGCCUGGGUGAUGUAUGAGGAGCCUAACUUCCGUGGUCGUAUGUACAUUGUGGAGAGAGGAAACUACCCCAGCCACAACGAGUGGCAGGCCCAGAACCCCAACAUCCAGUCCAUCCGUAGGGUCGUCAACUACUUCUAAACUCUGACCUCGAACCCCCCUGCUCCCCCGCCACGGACUGUGACUUUUAUCGCUAUGAUUUAAAAUAAAAUGUAAAAAAAAAAAAUA